UCCAGAUCAAGCCCGACGAGGGUCGGGCGGGUCUGUUUAAAUCCAGCCCGGUCCGGCAUGGCCCAAUUAUUAACCCUGCUUGGCAACAUCGUGCAGUUUAUAUUACCUCACGGCAGUUUUUUUUUUUUAUUUAUUUUUAUUUUUAUUUUUAUUUUUUAUUUGGGGUAAGUUUAGCACCAGGGGAUUAAAGCCCCAAAUGGUUGACUUUGAUCAAGUUUGAUGCAAGCGUGAUUCGCAUGGGUCAUUUCACGGUUGGUAAAACCUAUAAUAGUGCCCCAUUAAGCAAACGCUUUAGCACGUGCGGGGUCUCCCCAAAGUCUUUUGUCAAUUAUUUUUGGACAAGAAAAUAAAAGAAAUAAUGCAUAAGUACGUACGCAUUGUCAGAAAAAAAUAAUAGAGUAUCUAGGAUCUUCUGCAUAAGAAAAUGAGAGUUGCAUGAGCAUGCUGCAUAUUAACUAUCCUUAGUAUUCAGUGUUACUGCAGUAGGACGCAAAGCUAGAGGUAUGGGCAUCUCCAGCGGCAGCAGUCAUGUGCCGGUGCCGGUGCUGCUGCCGGUGAGGGGAACAUACAGUAAUGGUUCUGAUGCAGAGUUCAUCCGGUCGGUGUCUGCGGGCGGAGGGGGGCGGAGGGAGGCCGCAGCAGUCGAUAGCAACCGGUGCAGGCAAGUGUACCUCCGAAGCUACAGCUUCGUGAAGAAAAGGGAGAGCAUUGCUGCCAGGAGCAGACGCUUUCUCCGAACGGUCAGAAGGAGGAUGCUUCUCCUCGCCGCCUUCUAUCGGAGGAGGAAGAGCAAAGGGAAGAAGAAGAAAAAGGGUUGCAGGGUGUUGGUGAAGAAGAAAUUUAUGUAUGGUUCUUUUUCCGCGCUUCAAUACGUCCUCCGCCGUCUAUUUUCCUGCUCCCCCACCUCGCCGACGAGAUGACGGAUCAGAGGGUGGCAAUAAACUUAAAAAGUUUGAUUAUCUUAUCUAUUCUGUCUUUUUUUUUUU